UUCAGUAGCGCUCCAUCGCGGUGUCCCAGUCCUGCCACUCACGACAGGGGGAUCGACAUGGAGAAGAUGAGCAGAGCAUUGGAGAGGGCUAAGAUGCUAGUUGGAAUGGAGGUGGACGAGGAAGUUCCCACCGAAUCGCCCUCCUUUUUCGAUGACUUCAACCGACAGUGCACGCUCACCACCAAGCAGAGGCUGUACGGUUUUGCUAUUUGCUUGGCUGCUGGUCUAGCUUGUACUUUUCUGUCAAUACUUGUUUUCUUCAACCCUAUCAAAUUUGGUAUAACAUUUACCUUUGGCAAUUUGCUUGCUCUCGGGAGCACAGCAUUCCUUAUUGGGCCCAAACGGCAAUUUGAUAUGAUGCUCGACCCUGUUCGUAUAUAUGCAACAGCCAUAUAUAUCUCAAGCCUCAUAAUUGCGUUAUUCUGUGCUUUUUAUGUUCACAGUAAGCUUUUAACACUUAUAGCCGUCAUGUUAGAGUUUGGUGCACUUGUCUGGUACGGCCUGAGCUACAUUCCUUUUGCCCGUUCAAUGGUUUCAAAGAUCUUUUAUGCUUGCAUGGACACUGAGUUUUGAGCUUCACUCGUCUCUUAUGGUGUACAAAUUGGUUCAAUUUAUGGAGCUUUUAAGCAGGCUAUUUUGUUCUGUUAUAGAAACUGUGCUUGAAAGAAAAAAAAAAUGAUGCCAUUAUUUCAUGUUUGCUUCCUUUUCUGUAAGUAGAGAGAUGAUUCCUUAUUAAUUAAAUGAGAUUUGAUUUGAGCGUACAAAA